AUCGUUUGGAGACGGAGAUCUUUGACGAAGGCAAGUUCAAGGAGCGGUUUCUGGCUGAGGGGCUGCCAGAGCCUGUGACGGUGGAGGAUGCCGGUGUGUUCAGCUCUGAGCUUCAACAGCUCUACACAGCCGUAACUGCGACUGAGGCAAAUCAGAGAGCAGCCCUGGGAAACACUGGAGACGGGAAGACUGGACACUCUGAGCUGAGAGGCCAAUUGCCUGCGGAAACCCGAGAGGAGACCGAACCAGUCACAUCGACCCCUGGAGAGAAUUCGGAAAUUAAACCCAAGGCGCCCUCUAAACGUCCAGCUUCGGGGGCCGGUGUCUCCCCGAGGACAGAGAGUCCGGUCGCCAAGCAGAGAAAAAGGAAAGGCAGAGGAAUCUUCGGGUGAUUUUAUAUUUUAAAACUGGUGAAAGUUUGUAACUGCGGGAAGUGUGACACCACAGGACACUGUAGGGGAGAGAGAGACAGAUGCAGAGAGAGAGAGAGAGAGAGAGAGACAGAGAGAGGUGAUCCCUGUUACGCUGGUUCCUGGGUUAUUCCACACCCUGCUCAACGGAAACCUGGAACACCUUCCCGCAAAACACCACAAUCUCUUCCUCUCACCGUUCGAGCAAAACAAAUUCUUAAGAUAUUUUUAACCCAAUUUUAAAUGUAAAAUUUUAAGAUCAUUUGACACCAUUUUUUUCCAGGAAGUGUGUUAAUGCCUUUCGUUUUUGUAAACCUGCAAUCGCUAACGGCGGCACUGACGUGUUGUGAGUGAGUGUGGAGUGACGGGUAACCCGAACAGGUAGGCUGGUCCGAGCUGGACAAGCAGCGUGAAAUCUUGCCAGACGGGGCUCUCGAUGGGCAACCUGGACGGGUUUAGCUGGUUAGAUAGACUCUUCGGAGACUCUUAAAGCACGGCGAUGGGUUUCCGCAUGUGUCAGACACCGGGGCUGACCGAAAAAAUUAAGUUUUAAAAAAAAUCCCCAAUCCUCCUCUUUUAUGUCUGGGAUAAUUUCCGACAGCAAAAUUGAUAGCCUCGUCUUGUCGUUGCUCAAAAGCCAAAUUAAAUAGCUGCAAAUUGGCAGUGCAGUUGUGGGCACCGAGAACUUUGUUUGAUUAAUUAAAGGGGACGCGAGGCGACCAUAUCAAGGCCUCAACUGGUACACAUUUGUCGACAGGCAGACGGUUUCGAUUUAAUUUCCCGCGCGCUGCUCCCCUUUUAAGAGACUUUCUCUCGAGCCCGAGUGGAUUCAGUCAAAAAAAGGAAAACCUGCGGCGAAAAAAAAAGCGACGCUGGAAAGUUGCCGAAAACUGCAAAAAAGUUUUGACGAG